AUGGAUGGCCGGAGGAGGGGCGGAGGCGGAGCUGCGGCGGGUGCGGUGGGGUGGCUGCUGCCGCUGCUUCUUCUCGCCUCAUUGUGCGCCCGCUCCCGCGGGCUCAAUGCCGACAGGGUGCUGCUCAUGGCCUUCAAGAACGCGAUCACCGCGGACCCGCUGGGCGCGCUGGCCGGCUGGACCUACAGCGACGCCGCACCGUGCGCCUGGAACGACGUCGUCUGCAACAGCUUCCCGCAGCCCAAUGCCGGACCGGCGGUGGUCAAUGUGACCUCCGCCGACGGCAACGGCAACGGCAACUCCGUGCCCGCGCCCGCGCCGAACGCCGCCGCCGCCGCUGCGGGCGGGCUCGGCGCGUCACUGGUGGUGGCCACGGUGUCGCGGGUCAUUAGCCUCGUGCUCCCCAACACGCAGCUCUCGGGGACGCUGCCGCCGGACCUCGGCCGCGUCGAGCACCUGCACCACCUCGACCUCUCCGGGAACAGCCUCAGCGGUGGCCUGCCGACCACGCUGCUCAACGCCACCGAGCUCCGCGUGCUCUCGCUCGCGGGCAACGCCAUCUCCGGCGAGCUCCCGGACACGGGGGCGGUGGCCUACGUGCGCGGGUCUCUAGGAGCUCAACCUCUCGGGAAAGCGCGCUGGGAGCGCCUCCCCGCCCGCGCAUGCGGGCUGCCCCGCCUCGUCGUCUUUGGGGCUCGCUAG